AAAAAAGAAAAAAAGAAAUAAAUAAAGAGAAAAAAACGGAUAAACCACCACCCAAAAGCUUCUCUUACUAAAGAAGUGACUUGCAGAAGUUACUCCACUCUCUCUUCCUUGAAACCCUAAAAAAUUAUUCAGGCUAUCCCACUUUCUCUCUCUAUCAUUCUGUCUCUUUCUCUCUCUACACCACUGGUUUCAGUCUGAAUUGUGAAAUGGGGUUGUGCCCUACAAACCUAGGGCACCCUAAGGACAAUGAAGACUAGCCUUAGGAGCUUGCAUUACACAUGGGAAAGGUCGAAGAAGAGCAGCCUCUUCCCUCUGCUAUUGUGGUGUCGGAGCCCUCCGACCAGAAUGUCGGCAGCCGGUGUCGGAUCCGUGGUCGCGUUGGGUUCAGAUGCGUACUGGCGCUGCUUCUGGGCGCUGCCGUUAUGCUCUCUGCGAUAUUCUGGCUUCCGCCCUUCUUGCAGUACGCGGAUCAGAGGGAUCUGGAUCUGGAUUCGAGGUUCCGAGGUCAUGAUAUAGUAGCAAGUUUCAAAGUUAAGAAGUCAAUUUCUUUGCUGGAAGACUAUCUAUUGCAGCUUGAGAAUGACAUCUUUGUUGAGAUAGAAGGUAUCGAGUCCAAGGUGGUUGUUUUAUCUCUAGAACCCUCAGCUGGAACAAACAUAACGAAGGUUGUGUUUGCGGUUGAUCUGGAUGCAAAAUCUUCAAGAAUAUUAACUUCUCAAAGUUUGAUCAGGGAAUUGUUUGAAUCUUUGGUUACGCAACAAUCAUCUCUACGUUUGACUGCAUCUUUGUUUGGGGACCCAUUCACGUUUGAGGUGCUAAAAUUUCCUGGAGGAAUAACAGUAAGCCCUCCACAGAGUGCCUUCCUUCUGCAGAAAGUGCAGAUCCUUUUCAAUUUUACCUUAAACUUCUCUAUCGAACAAAUACUAGAAAAUUUCAAUGAGCUGACCAGCCAGCUGAAGUCGGGUUUACAUCUAGCAUCUUAUGAGAACUUGUACAUCAGCUUGACGAAUUCAAAGGGUUCAACAGUGUCUCCUCCAACUACGGUUCAGUCAUCUGUUCUACUAGCAGUUGGGAAUACCCCCUCGCUUCCAAGGUUAAAACAGUUGGCUCAAACCAUCACAGGUUCUCAUUCUAGAAACCUUGGCUUGAAUAACACGGUAUUUGGUAGGGUUAAGCAAGUUCGACUUUCAUCUAUUCUACAACAUUCCCUCCAUGGUGGUGCCCCUUCUUCAUCACCUACUCCUGCUCCAGUGCCACAUCCUCACAACCAUCAUCACCACCAUCACCAUCAUCACCACCAUCAUCACAAUGCCCAUAUUGCUCCCACAAUUGCAGCAGCACCUGUGCCUGCAUCUUGGAAAAGUUCUCCUGCACCUGAGAAAAGUUCACCUGCACCUGAGAAAAGUUCACCUGCACCUAAGAAAAGUUCACCUGCACCCAAAAGUUCUCCUGCACCUGAAAGAAGUUCUCCUGCACCUGAAGGAAGUUCUCCUGCACCUGAGAGAAGUUAUGAAGCAAGGCCUCCUGGUUGCCAAAAUGGGCAUAAAAGAAAGUUCACGAGCAAGACCAAAAAGCCAGCUCAAUCAGUCCCUACUGUUGCACCAAGGAUUUCUCCGCACUAUUCUGCGGCCUCACCUCAUCCACAGGUGGGCCCACCUGGGACUGUCACCCAUGCAGUUCCUGCACUAAGUCCUUUGCCAAGCAUAGUUCUAGCUCAUGCUCAGCCCCCAUCAAAAAGUGAAUUUGAUGCAAAGCCUCCAGACAUAAUGCCAUCAUUUCCACCGUCACCAUCCUCAUAUGCUGCAGGUCUUGUUCCUACUGUUCAAUGGGUAUUUCCACUAUUUCUAGCUUUUGUAUUACAUUUGUAACGGCAGAGAAGGAGAAGCGUUAUGCUUCCUAGUUAAAAUAUCUUCUCCAAUAUUCGAUGAAGGACUCGCUUUGUAUCAUUCAAUUCAAAUGAGCGAGAAAAUUGGAGGAGCUUUGCAAGUGGGAGCAACGCAAAAGGGCGUGCCUCACAUCCGAGUGGAUAUAAGGUGUUUUUGUGCAUGUAAAUAUUUCAUCAAAAAAAAAAAUCAGUUGGCUGAUGUGUUUUCAGGUCAAAGUCACAGAGGUGGCAGGCCCUUGAUGACAUGCAUUGCCGCUGUUUUGUGUAUGAUUUUUCUUCUGCAGAAAUGUAAGGGGGAUAAAACUCAACAAAUAUAUGACACUGCCUUUUUGUUUC